CUCUCCCGCGGCCUCUUCAGCAGGAUGUUUUUGCCAGAGCGCCGGGCGUCCGUCGCCGCCACGCGUGCCUGAGCGGCGGGAGGUUCUUCCACGCGCGGAGGCAGAAGGCGAGCAGAAAGCGUCCCACGCCAGCGUCGGAGGGUGGAGGAGGGGCCCCGGGCCAGGGGACAAUGGCUGCCAUGACGACGGUGCCCGGCUACAGCCCCUCGCUGUGGGUGAGAGUGUGUCACGCCCUCCCCCGGCUGGACCUGGCCAUGCAGAUGAGGGACAACGUCUUUGCCCCCGACAGCUGGGAGUACCAGCAGACCCUGCUGGUCCUGUCCAGCGUGUCGGCCGUGGCCCUGGUGGUCUCCCUCCUGGUGGUCCUGUCCUUCCUCAUCCAUUACUGCUGCUGUCACCGUGGCGACCGCGGCGACGGCUCGGAGGAGGAGGAGGAGGACGAGGACGGCAGCACGGGUCACGGCUACGGCGGCAAGAAGGGCCGAGGGAUCUGCUGCGUCACCUGGGUCGCCGUGGCCGCCGUCACGCUCUGCUGUGUUGCCAUCGGCGUGGGUUUCUAUGGCAACAGCGAGGCUAAUGAUGGGAUGUAUCAGCUGACCUCGUCUCUUCUCACCGCCAAUUACACGCUGGCCUCCAUCGACUUGCUGAUCUGGGACAGCAUCAAGGGUCUGCAGCAGUCGGUGUCGGGGCCCCUGAGCAUCAUGGAGGAGAUGCUGACGGGCAGCAAGUCCUUCCUGGUGUCCACACGCAACUGCCGGCGCUUGUCGGACAAUGUCAUCAGCCUGCUGUCCUCCGUCUCGCUGGCCCGCCCCGGCUGGGAGGCGGGGCUUGGCAACGACAGCGGCGUCAGCGGGGCCUCCAUCAUACCGCUCACCCCCGUGCCGCCCUCCGUGGCCCCCACCCUGGGGCCCGCCGCCGGGGGCUUGCUGCCGGGGCCCUUCUCACCUGGCUGGGCGGCCAACACGCUGAUGGUGAACGAGGACUACAGGUGGUUGUCUUACGUGCUGCUGCUGCUGCUGGACCUCAUCGUCUGUUUCUUCAUCCUGCUGGGUCUGGCCAAGCAAGCGCGAUGGCUGCUCAUUCUGAUGACGGUGCUGGCCUGGUUGGCUCUCUUCCUGAGUUGGGGCUCCCUGGGCCUGGAGACCGGCACGGUGGUGGCGCUCAGCGACUUCUGUUGGGAUCCAAACACGUUUGUGCUCAACUCCAGCAACUUCAACACGGGAACCAGCCCAGAUGUGCUGGACUAUUACCUGACCUGCAGCCGGCGCAUGAAGAGUCCUUUCCAGCAGCUCCUCACACAGUCCCAGAGGGCGCUGUCCAACAUCCACACCCACCUGUCCAGUCUGGAGCGUAACGCCCUCACCCAGUUCCCUAAAGUUGAGAAGUCACUCAGGGAGGUCCAGCAGAUCCUCAACAGCACAGAAGGCAACUUCCACCAGCUGGUGGCGCUGCUCAACUGCCGAGGCCUCAACAAGGACUACACGGACUCGCUGAAGGGCCUGUGCUACGACGGCAUGGAGGGCCUGCUCUACCUCUCGCUCUACUCCUUCCUGUCGGCGCUGGCCUUCACCGCCAUCCUCUGCUCUCUGCCGGGCGCCUGGAGGAGCUUCCCCAGCGAUUCGGACGAGUACGAGGACUCGGACAGCGAGAGUGAGGACCCCUUCACCUCCCAUCAGGCACGUAGACAGACGGCCACGGGGUCUUCCCAGCGCGGGGCCAUGGCCCCCUUCUAUAAUUACCCGGGGGCCGGGUGGACUCCCCCCUUUUCUAGCGCGCCGCCCCUCCCGACUCCAAACGUUUCCUCCAAUGGCAACCCUGGCUAUGAGAGCCUCCCCCUGACCGACAGGCAGUCCCCACCCCCCUCUUACUCUCCCAGCAUGCUGACUGGUUACGGGGCGAGUCAAUCACACCCCAACCCCGCCCACUCCAGGAACCUGUACUCACGCUGAUAACCACUUUGGAUUUUUUCUGUCUUUUCUUAGGGGAAAUGUAUAGAAGGAAAGAAAUGUUUACUUUUCAUAUGAAUGGACACUUUAAAAAAAACAAGCACAAAAAACAAACAAAAAAAGGAGCGAGGAAACUAAUCGCGGGGGGGAAGAGAAUGCUUUAGUGUCCGUGACGUCGGUACCACUCGAGUGUUAUUGUUAUGAAAAAUGAUUAUUAGCAGCACUUAUACAUGAAAGGAGCAGGUUUGUUUGUCUAAACUGUAAACUGUGAUCCGUGGUACCAGUGGAGAAUGGUAUUGUACUUUUAUAUCUAUAUAUAUAUAUACAUAUAUACAUGUAUCACCAAUUUUUAUUUAGAAGUUUUUAUAUAAAUAUAAUACAUGUAUAUAUAUACAUAUAUAUACAUAAACAUGUAUAUAUAUAUAUAUAUACAUACAUACAUACACAUAUACAUACAUACACAUAUACAUAUAUAUAUAUAUAAGUGACACACCUUCUCAUUCAACACGUUUUCUUUAUUUUCAUGACUAUUUACAUUGUAGAUAGUCACAUCAAAACUAUGAAUGAACACAAGAGGUAGUCGCCUGAAAUGGUUUUCACUUCGCAGGUGUGCUUGGAGCUCAUGGAGAGAAUGCCGAGAGUUUGCGACAAAGUAAUCGGAGCAAAGGGUGGCUAUUUUGAGAAACUAGAAUACAAAACAUGUUUUCAGUUGUUUCAUUUUUGUUAAGUACAUAACUCCACAUGUGUUCAUUCAUAGUUUUGAUGUGACAAUCUACAAUGUAAAUAAUCAUGAAAACACAUUGAAUGAGGGGAAGGUGUGUCCAAACUUUUGGCCUGUACUGUACAUACAUACAUACAUACAUAUGUACACCUAUAUAUGUACAUAUACAUAUAAAUAUAUACAUGAACACAUACAUACAUAUAUUUAUAUAUACAUACAUACAUAUGUACAUAUAAAUAUAUACAUUCACACAUACAUAUAUCUUUAUAUAUACAUACAUAUGUACAUAUACACAUAGAUAAACAUAUAUAUUUACAUAUAUACAUACAUACAUACAUAUAUAUAUAUAUAUACAUACGUACAAACACAUAUAUAUACAUACAUAUGCACAUAUAUGUAUACAUACAUAUAUAUACAUACAUACAUAUGCAAAUAUAUGUAUACAUACAUAUAUAUACAUACAUACAUAAAUAUACAUACAUACAUACACACACAUAUAUACAUACAUAUGUACAUAUACAUAUACACAUACAUUCAUAUAUACAUUUUCUAUACAUACAUAUAUGUGUACAUAUACACAUGCAUACAUAUAUAUAUUUAUAUAUAUAUACAUACAUACGUACAUAUACAUAUACACAUACAUACAUAUAUAUUUAUAUAUAUACAUACAUAAACAUAUAUAUACAUAAAUAUGUGCAUAUAUGUAUACAGUAUAUACCUAUAGAUAUAUACAUAUACACAUACAUACAGACAUACAUACACACACAUUUAUAUAUAUAUACAUAUAAAUAUAUGCAUAUACAUAUACACAUACAUAUAUUUUCUAUACAUACAUACAUUUAUAUACACAUACAUACAUAUAUAUUAAUAUGUACAUAUACAUAUAAAUGUAUGCAUAUACAUAUACACAUACAUACAUUUUCUAUAAAAACAUACAUUUAUAUACACAUACAUACAUAUAUAUUUAUAUAUAUACAUACACACACACAUAUACAUAUAUACUGUACAUACAUAUACAUAUACACAUACAUAUAUAUACAUAGUAUACAUGUAUAUAUCUAAAUAUGUGUGUAUAUAUAUAUAUGUAUAUGUAUGUAUAUAUAUAUAUAUAUAUAUUUAUAUAUAUAUAUAUAUAUAUAUAUGUAUAUUAUAAAUAUGAACUUGUUGUAGAGAACACACAGGCACGUAGCAACAAAGCACAUUUCUUCUGUCAAUUGUUUCUCCACUUACUUUUUGAUUUGUACUUUUUAUAAGUGGUGUGUGUGUGUGUGUGUGUGUGUGUGUGUGUGUGUGUGUGUGUGUGCGUGUGUGUGUGCGUAUCUCUCACGUCUAUAUCUGACUAAUCAUCUCUCUUUUCAAAAUGGCGUACCUGAAGUCGAGAACGUUGUGGCGUUGUCGCCGACCUGUGUGAGUUGGCCCCGCCCAUUUUUGUCCAACCAACAUAGCCUUUAACUUAUUAACGCAUUAUAAUUCAUAAGCUUCUCCCAAGCCCGUCCCACUCCACCGUGCGGCAACACUUUUUGGUCAAACUACAUUUUUUUUAAAAUGUGCAAUUAAUGUGGUACUAUCUGACCAUUACUUUUAAAAAAGUCAUGUAUUAAAGUUAAUUGUUUCUUUACCCAAAUCAUUGAAUUACAAACAGAAUUACUCUUUAGUAAAUGUAAUUUAUUACUAGGGCAAGUCAUUAAUAUGUCACUUUAAAAAAAAUUGCAGAUGAUAGACUUCUCAUAUAGCCUAUAGUUGACUAGUGACGUCAUCGAGGUGCGUUUGUUAGCAUUAGCCGUUAGCAACAUGUCGGCACUGACGCCGGCUCUUUUCAAUCUUCUGACAGGAUUGUGUAACCACCGCUUGACAAAAUAGACUGAAUGCGAUUCCACGUGCUGUCACGUCUUCCUGUCAACAAACGGGGUACUGUUUGGAUGGCAAGUCUGCCACUUCAAUCAUUGACUUGUCGUUCAUAAUUGAUGGCGCCUCUUCCUGUUUGAUGCCAAGUUCAUUUCAACGCUAACGGCGCCGUAACGGACCUAAAAAUACUUAAUUAGAUUACUCGUUACGAGUGAAAGUUUAUUAAUUAACGUCGUUAUCGCUAACACUGUUCAUGACUAACUCUGUCGACAUCUCUUAAAAACUUCUCCCGUUUUGUGAAGCUCGUUAUCAAAACACAACUCGUUAAUAACUAAAAUACUUUUAACAGUUUGAUGGCAGAUUUUUGCAGCAAAAACAAAUGGGGACAAGAUUUGAGAGGUGUUGAGGGACUAGUUAUGAGUAUUAACAUGUUAACUAGACAUUAAUAACUAAACCAUGAACAUAAAGUACAAUAGUUGGACACAAAAUAGACAAAUGGGACAGGGAGGGGGAGGGGGAGGGGCAACUUCACACAGGUUUUUUUUCGCAGCGAUAGUUGGCAUCGUUGUUGGGUUUUUUCACUUCCCAGGUGCACCUGAAUGCAUCACGAGACACCACAUGACACUGCUCGCUAAUCCCAUUGGUCAGAGAUGGGCGCGACAACAUAAACAGGAAGUGUCUUUGUACCCGUACGAUUUUCCAUCUUUUCUUUGAUUAUCACUUAUUAAUUAUUGUGAAUAUAUAUAUAUAUAUAUAUGUAUAUUAAUUUUUUGGAAUUUAUUUUUUUCAUAAUUUUUUUUUUCCACUUUGAGACCCAACUUUUUUUUCAAGGUUAUUUUCUUCUUUAAUAUUAUGUUAUGUUUCCCACCUUUAAAAAAAAAAAAAAAAAAAUAUAUAUAUAUAUAUAUAUAUUUUUUUUUUUUUCAUUUUUCGACUCACCUUUUUAAUUUUUUCUAAAAUAGAGAAAACAACAUAUGUAUAUUUUAAAGGUGGGUAUUUGUGUGAGUGUGUGUAUAUAUAUAUAUAUAUAUAUAUAUAUAUAUAUAUAAUAUAUACAUAUAUAUUUAUUAUAUAUAUAUAAUAUAUAUACAUAUAUAUUCGUUUUCACUUUUCGACCCAAAUUUUUAGUUUUUUCUAAGAAAAUAAAAAAUAUCUAGAUUAUAAAGGUGGGUCAAAAAGUUGAAAACAAAUUAAUUAGGGGAAAAAAACACACCAAAAAAUGAAUUAAGAGGUCGGUCGAAAAGUUAUAUAUAUAUAUAUAUAUAUAUAUCCUACCGCUUGUCCCUUUCGGGGUUGCGUGGAAACAAAUAUACAUACUGUAUAUAUAUAUAUAUAUAUAUAUAUAUAUAUAUAUAUAUAUAUAUAUAUAUAUAUAUAUAUAUAUGCUAAACCAUACUUUUUUUUUAUUAUUUUCUUUAUGUUGUUUUGUUUUUUAUUAUUAUUUUUUAACCCACCUAUAUAUAUAUAUAUAUGAUUGUUAAUCUUCAUAAUUUUUCCCACUUUUUGACCUUUUUCUUUUUCAUUAUUACAUUUAAUUUUAUUAAUUUACUUGUAAAAAAUAUUUUUCAACUUUUCAACCUAAUUUUUUUGUAUUAUGUAUUUUUUUCCUUUCACUUUUCCACCCACCUUUUUUUUCUUUCUUUAUUGUGAAUACAUAUAUAUAUAUAUAUAUAUAUAUAUAUAUAUAUAUAUAUAUAUAUAUAUAUAUAUAUAUAUAUAUAUAUAUAUAUAUAUAGUUUUUUUUUUUUCUUUUUUAUUUGUUUUUUCUUUUCGAGCCACCUUUCUGACGGCAAUUCUUCCCGCCUCCUCACUGACCAAUAGGAAAAGAGCUUUAAGUCACAUGGCUGGCUGUGACAUGUUUCGGGAGGUUUUCAAUUUGCCACGUGGUCAGGUUUAGGCCCAGCGUGGCGACGAUGCCAACAAGUCCAAUGCAAGAAGACCAGGUACUUACUAGCAAUACUCCUUGCUGACGGUGCGGCCUUGCUCUUACCGUAACUAGCAAUAAAUUUAAAAAAAACAAAAAAACGAUGUACAGUCUUGUACUGGGUUCCGGACUUCUUUUGCCAUGUUUGUGUGUAUAUUAUGGUAUGUUGGCCAUGUCGUUGGAUCCCUCCCCUGCUCACCUGGUGAACCCUUACACUGAGUUUGUACUCUCUAUGCUCCUUUUCAAUGGCAUCCUUUUACACUCCAGAGUCUAAUAUGAAUAAAAGACAACUAAUGA